AUAAUAUUUUCAUAUGAUUUUCAUCAUGUGUCCAGAGAGAGAGUGAUCCAGUAUCAAUAGUAAUAAGGAUCUACAAUCUUUUUAAAGCAGUGUAUAAAUAAGUUAUUUCGAUAUAUGUGAAUGCACAUAUAAGUAAUAAUUACAUUGUGAAUUUCCGUGAAUUUUGCGACGUGUGCAGAAGUUUGUGUGUGUAUAUAUAUAUAAAAGAAAAUGUCUUCAGCAAUUAUAGAGGAAUGUCUUCAGCAAUUAGGUGUAGGAAUUCGACCUGUAACCGAUUCCUUCUUUGACGAGUCCUAUGAGGUUUGUAGGAUAUUUCAAAGAAAAGGUGUCACGAUUGAUGACGAAGAGGAAUUGUGCCAUGAAGUUGUUAAAGAAUUCCAAUGUUAUGUCCCAGGAUGCAAGAAAACCUUUCAGAUAUUAUUUGAUUACGAGAUGCAUUAUAAUAGUGCUCAUCGAUACUCUUGCACACAAUGUAAAAUAUCCAGACCAAAUCCACGACUUUUAGAAAUACACAUACACGAAACACAUGAUGCUUUCUUUAAGGUUAUGUCUGAGAAACAACCCAUGUAUCAAUGUUUUGAUUCUGAAUGUGAUAUAAAAUUUAACACUCCAGUGGAAAGAAGAGAACAUUGCAUCAAAAUACAUAAGUAUCCGAAAAAGUAUCGAUUUGAUGACACAUCAGUUUAUAAAAAAGAUUCCUCUCAUAAAACAACAAAAAUAGAAGUUGAUAGUGUUGAAUCGAAUAAAAUGGCAGUUGAUACUAUUGAAUCAAAUAAAAUGGUAGUCGAUACUGUCGAAUCGAAUAAAAUGGACGUCGAUACUGCUGAUAUCAGCAAAAAGAAAAAGUCAACUAAAAUAUUCUUAAAUAAAAAUCAAAAAAGUAAAAUGUUCACAAAAUCUGCCAGCACUGCUGUUUGUAUAAGUAGUGUAGAAACAAUUCCACCAACUACUGUUAAAACUAAGGCAACACCAUUGAGUUUUAUUCCCAGACAAGUACAAAAAUCAUUUUCAAAAGUACUUACAAAUAAUCAAAAUAGAGAAAAGAAUGUUUUGGAAUCAGAGACUAUGAUGGAACUUGUAGAUUCUCUACCAAAUAGUUGAAAAAGGAAAUUAAGAAAUUAACAUUUAUAUUAUAAAUAUAAUAAUUAUAUUUAUAA